GAUCGGCAGCCAUGUUCCGUUUUUUGUGGCCGUGAGAAAGUUUCCCAUGAUAUGUGUUUAAAUCAAAGGAAUACAUCAUUCGACUUGGUUAAGUGACAUGCUUUUCUCACUGAUUAUAAAACCAACUUGUAUUACAAGAAAAGAUGGCAUACGAUCAGCGCAGCUCCUUUGUAAUUGGCUGUGUUCUACUUAUAUGCGGUACAUCUAGUAUUAUUCUUGGUUGUAUUAUACUAGUAUUUGUUAGUAAUUCUGAGUAUACUUACACCUUUGCUCCAGUAUGGAGUGGAAUUGUGGUGAUUAUUACAGGUGUGUUUGGUGUGGUAGCCGGCAAAAGGAAACAUUUUCCUUCCAAAUGUACAAUUAUUUUUAUAGUAAUUUUGAAUAUCAUCACCUUAAUGGCAUCAUUAAUUAGUUGGGUCAUAUCAAUUCUGCGAAUAUUGGAAUCGGCUUCGAAGAACAACGCUAAAAUCAGCAGAGCUCUGUUUGCAAUGAUACUAAUGGUUGGAGUGAUUGAGAUGUUACUAGCUUUAUGUACUGUUGUUAUGUACUUGUCUGGAGUGUGUUGUUAUCGUCACAUCACAAAACCUGUAUGUCAAAGCAAUCAUUGUCAAGAGAGUUCCAGCAAUGAAUCAGGUGACUUCUACACCCUACAAGCAGGUGACCAAGUCAUUGAAGCCGCCGAUGGUGACAUUGUUAUAGUCUCAGGAAGUCAUGUGAUACAUCCUGGAACGAAAAAAAUAAAAAUUGUUGGUCGAGAAAGCACAUCAAUACCGCCACCAUAUGGAUUUGGAAGUAUUCCUGCCUCAGAUAUACUCGAACCCGAGCUACCAGUUUAUACAUCUGUGGAAAAUGAAAAUAUACCAUCAACAUCACACGGGGUGGUGGAAUCAACAUGUCCUGAUUUACUCACCAAACAGCCGCCAAGUGAUUUUGUGGAGGUUGAGGAUUCUCAACUCUUUGGCGCACUCGAGUGAUCAUUUUGAGAGAGUUGACACUUGACUAUACGAAAGAAAUAAACAUGUCUUAAACACUCCACAUUUGAAUACAAACAAAAUAUGUAUAUUUCACUACAGUGUUUUUCAUUCAAAUACAAACAAAAUAUGUAUAUUUCACUACAGUGUUUUUCAUUCAAAUACAAACAAAAUAUUUAUAUUUCACUACAGUGUUUUUCAUUCAAAUACAAACAAAAUAUGUAUAUUUCACUACAGUAUUUUUCAUUCAAAUACAAACAAAAUAUGUAUAUUUCACUACAGUGUUUUUCAUUCAAAUACAAACAAAAUAUGUAUAUUUCACUACAGUGUUUUUCAUUCAAAUUUACAUAUUUAUGCAGUGACUAUUGGAUCAAGUUUAACCGUGAAAGCUGAACUGUCAGUAUUUCUGAAAUAGUUGGAUGAUCACUAUUAAGCCUAUUUGGUGAAUUCAUUUUGAUUCUCAGACAUGAAAUCCUAUUGAACU